AUGUCAACCAAGAGCUUAAAUGACUGGUUCAGCUCAGGAAGAAAAGUCAUAGACUCUUUGGAAAAUGGUAUAGAUAAUAAACAGAAGGACACUAGAAUCAAUGAGCUUGAAAAGGAAAUUGAAUCUUAUAAACAAUCAGCUAAAAGAAGUAGAAUUCAGGACCCAAACGACCUUAAUGUGAAACUCAACAAUAUGAUAAGGCAAAAUGAUGAAUUGAAGAAGGAAGUUGAAGAACUCAAAUAUAAAAAACGUACUCCACUAGCACCAAUUAAAACUGAAAAUGACUCCAAUAAAAAUAUAUUAUCAAUGUUAAAGAAUUCGACACCCACUAAACCAAAACCACAAACUACAAAUGCAGAAAUACGGCCAGUAAGUCAAGAUGACUUAGGCACAUCCAGCCCUCAGCGCCUAAACAAUAUAAAUGAUGGUUCAGAUCUGGUACCGACUCAACAGACAUUAGACAGUGAAGAUUUUGAAAGACCAAACUACAAGUAUCCUCAAUUCAAAAGACCAUCAGAGGAGUCCAUUAAACCAAAACGUCAUAUACCAAUAGUACCCGAUACUAUUGACUUAAGGGCUCAACAUUUUGAAGUUCCAUCAUCCCCAGUACAGCCUGAGCAAUCGUCUACUGACGAUUCUGAAGACAAGCUAUCCUCUCCAAGUCAGUCAAAGGGUAAUUUUCCCUCUGCUAAAGUCAAGUAUGAACCUGAUGAUUCCGUUGAGAUUUUAGAUUCCCAACAAGAUGAAGAAGAUUUAGAGUUUGUAAACAAUAUUAAAGAGGAAACUUUGAAACCAUCACUACCAACACCUCAAACCAGUUCAAAAUUUAAAACUCCAUUGAAUUUUCAAAAACUAAAUUUCAAGAGAUCAAUGCUACAUACACCUGAUGAUUCUACACCAAUGAAAAAACCGAACAAGAGAUCGAAAUCAUCCACGGUUUAUGAUUUAACCAGAAACCCAAUAAAAGAUUGUGAUUGGAUAAUAGAAGAUUUCAAGAUCAAUCCUGCUAAAAAUGGAGAUGUUGAUUUUGCAUUUCAUGAAGUUUUAAGAGGUGACAAACGUCAAUGUGCACAUGGCAGUACAUGUAAAGACUGUGAAAAGUUUUAUAAAAAUGCUCAAGGUGAUAACCCACAAGCUAAGAUUGGAAGUACCAAAAGUGGUCUUAAAUGGAAUGAUGAAUCAAAUUAUUAUACAAAGCCAGACAAUCUUGUAUCAAAGACUUCAAGACACCGUACAAUUUUUGAUAGAGUUCCUUCGCCUCCAGGUUUUGGAGAUUUUGAUUUCCCAAGUACUCAAGAACAAAAGAAAAACAGAGAAAAGAGUGAUGCUAUUAGAAGAAAGAAAGCUUAUGAAAGAUUGUUUUCUGCAAUUAAACAAGGUAAAUUCAUGUUUAGAGAUCCAAGGUUCAAUGAAGCUAUAGAGAAAAAUAAUUACACCAUAGAUGAAGAUAUCUUUGACAAAUAUAUCAAUAUCGAUUUAGAAAAUAUAUGA